CGUGAGGCCUGAGAGAGUGGCUCGCUUCAAAGCUGAUCGACCAAUUUAAAUAAUAAUUUUUUUCUUCCCGCGACGGUUCCUUCUCCAUCAGAUUACGUGGUUGCCACUUAUUCUAUAAGCAUAUACACAUUGUGUAUAAUUAUCCGAAAGUCACCCAUCACGGUUCCUUUUUUAACAUUUUCAGGUCGAUCACCACACAAUAAUCUGGAAAAGCGAAUACUUUCAUACGCAGUGCAAAUCCAUAACAACCUUAAAAAAAUAAGCAAAAGAAAACAAAGACUUUCAAAAGAAUCCAAAUACUGAGAGGUCUUGUUUUUUUCUCGUUUUUAUGUGCUUGAAAUCAUUGUGGGAGGAGCGGUGAACAAGUUAUUGUUGUAGAUUUUGAAGCUUUAAUCAUGGUGACUGCCAUUACAUCGGCCAGCGGGCUGCUGGCAAUGCUCAACGAACAACACCCUGCGCUAAAGCUUCAUGCACUCACAAAUCUCGACAGAUUCGUGGACACCUUUUGGCCGGAGAUUUCAACCAGCGUUUCUACAAUAGAAAGCUUAUAUGAAGAUGAAGAUUUUGGUGAACGACAACUGGCUGCUUUGGUUGCAUCAAAGGUUUUCUAUUACCUGGGUGAGCUAAAUGAUUCAUUAUCAUAUGCCUUAGGUGCUCGAUCCUUGUUUAAUGUGUCAGAGGAUUCUGAUUAUGUGCAUGCCUUACUUGCUAAAGCCAUAGAUGAAUAUGCUACUCUUCGUACAAAAGCAACAGAAAGUAAAGAGUCAGUGGAGAUAGACCCUAGACUAGAGUCAAUAGUAGAAAGAAUGCUCAACAAAUGCAUUCUUGAGGGCAAGUUCCAGCAGGCACUGGGAAUUUCCUUGGAGUGCCAAAGGCUUGAUAGGUUAGAAGAGGCAAUCCUAAAGAGUGAUAAUGUUGCUGGAAUGCUAUUGUACUGCAUUAAUGUUUCUCAAACAUUUGUUAGUAGAAGGGAGUAUCGAUGUGAGGUUUUUCGUCUCCUUGUGAAAAUUUACCAGAAGCUUCCUUCACCUGACUAUUUAAGCAUUUGUCAGUGCCUAAUGUUUCUAAAUGAGCAUGGUAGUGUUUCAAGUAUCUUGGAGAAUCUCUUGAAAGGAGACAAGGAUGAUGCCUUGUUGGCAUAUCAGAUAGCCUUUGAUUUGUAUGAAAAUGAGUAUCAGGCAUUCCUGAUAAAUGUUAGAAACCAGCUUCCUGAGCCAAAAUAUCGAGUCCUUAAAAGUCCAAAUGCCAGUCAGCCUUCAGAUGAUGUGCAGGCUGAUAAUGAUAAUGUUACCUCAGGCCAAACUUCUGUUGCAAUGGAUACCUCUGGUGAUGUUCAAAUGCAAGAUGAUCCCAAUUCUGCUGGACCUCUUGAUGAGGUGGAUGCAAAAGAAGCCACUUAUGCAGAAAGACUAGCUAAAAUAAAAGGAAUUUUGUCUGGUGAAACACCUAUCCAUCUGCUAUUGCAGUUUUUGUACAGUCACAACAGGUCAGAUCUUCUUAUCCUGAAGACAAUAAAGCAGUCAGUUGAAAUGCGUAACAGUGUAUGUCAUAGUGCGACUAUUUAUGCGAAUGCCCUUAUGCAUGCUGGGACAACUGCAGAUACUUUUCUCAGGGAAAAUCUGGAAUGGUUGAGUAGAGCUACAAACUGGGCAAAGUUCAGUGCUACUGCUGGUUUGGGAGUCAUUCAUAGGGGUCAUCUUCAACAAGGCCGUUCUUUGAUGGCUCCAUAUCUUCCUCAGAAUGGUGCAAGUGGGGGUGGGAGUCCCUUUUCUGAGGGUGGAGCUCUUUAUGCCUUAGGACUCAUACAUGCCAAUCAUGGAGAAGGUAUCAAACAGUUCCUUCGUGAAAGCUUGCGCAACACAAGUGUCGAAGUAAUCCAACAUGGUGCGUGCUUGGGGUUGGGUCUAGCGGCUUUAGGAACCGCUGAUGAAGAAGUUUAUGACGAUAUCAAGAAUGUCCUCUAUUCAGAUAGUGCAGUGGCUGGAGAAGCUGCAGGUAUUGGCAUGGGACUACUGAUGGUUGGGACAGCAAGUGAAAAAGCAGGUGAAAUGCUUGCAUAUGCACAUGAUACACAGCAUGAGAAGAUUAUUAGGGGUUUGGCUCUUGGAAUAGCUCUUACUGUCUAUGGAAGGGAAGAAGAGGCUGACACACUUAUUGAACAGAUGACACGUGAUCAAGAUCCCAUUUUGCGCUAUGGUGGAAUGUAUGCUCUUGCCUUGGCAUACCGUGGAACAUCCAAUAACAAGGCCAUUCGACGCCUUCUACACUUCGCUGUCUCAGAUGUCAGUGACGAUGUAAGGAGAACUGCAGUGUUAGCCCUUGGUUUUGUCUUAUAUUCAGAACCUGAGCAGACACCACGAGUAGUAUCCUUGCUAUCAGAAUCAUACAAUCCACAUGUUAGAUAUGGAGCUGCAAUAGCAGUUGGCAUUUCUUGUGCUGGGACAGGAUUAAGUGAAGCCAUUUCACUGUUAGAGCCCUUGACAUCAGAUGUAGUUGAUUUUGUUCGCCAAGGUGCUCUUAUAGCUAUGGCAAUGGUUCUUGUUCAGACAAAUGAAUCACGUGAACCACGUGUUGGUAACUUCAGGCGUCAACUGGAGAAGAUAAUUCUAGAUAAGCAUGAGGAUACCAUGAGUAAGAUGGGUGCGAUUUUGGCAUCAGGCAUUUUAGAUGCAGGUGGUAGAAAUGUAACAAUUAAAGUGCUUUCUAGGACAAAGCACGAUAGGAUGACAGCUGUUAUUGGAAUGGCAGUAUUCACUCAAUUUUGGUAUUGGUAUCCGCUCAUAUAUUUCUUGAGUCUAUCUUUUGCCCCCACUUCGUUUAUUGGGCUUAACUAUGACCUCAAGAUACCAAAGUUUGAGUUCUUAUCUGAUGUGAGACCUUCAAUGUUUGAGUAUCCACGUCCCACGGCACCUCCAACAACAUCCUCGGCAGCAAAGUUGCCAAGUGCUGUUUUGUCCACGUCAGCAAGGGCUAAAAGCAGAGCCAAAAAGGAAGCAGAUAAUAAAAUUGCAGUUGAAAAAGUAUCUAUGGGUGAUGGAAAUACAAACCUAUCUGCUAAUGGUAGUACAGGAGCAUCAAAGGGCCUAAACUCUGGUGAUAAGGAUGGUGAAUCUAUGCAGGUUGAUAAUACAUCUGAGAAGAAAGCUGAAGCUGAGACAUCUUCCGAGGUUUUAACGAACCCUGCUAGGGUUGUCCCAGCACAAGAGAAGUAUAUUAAAUUUUUUGAAGAUAGUAGAUAUGUUCCCGUUAAACCAGCACGUUCAGGGUUUGUCUUGCUGAGGGACUUGCAGCCUUCCGAACCAGAAGUGCUAAUUUCCAGUGAUACACCUGCAUCAUCUGUGUCAGUGGGAAGUGUGUCAAAUUCACAAUUGCCUGCAACAGCUGUGGAGGAUGGAGAACCUCAACCACCACAACCAUUUGAAUUUCAUGCAUAAGCAUAAGACAACACAGACUUCAUCUGCUGCUGCAUUUGAAAUGUCUGACUUGUUCUUAACUAUUCAUUUGUCGUGUAUGUUAUAUGGCUCAUUUUUGGCCCGUAGUUCAAAAAUUUUCUUCUUGUAGCUAUUUAUAAGAGUGCGAGGCAGACAAUUUGAGGAUUUAAUCAAGAGAGGUUAAAGCCCUGAGUGAUUAUUCAUCUGUUGUGCCAUUCAAGGUUAAGAUUUUGUCUCAAAGGAUUGGGCUUAUCCAGUACAUGUAAAAUCAGGAUUAAUUAUAACACAAUUGUUAAGAAUAUGAAUAGUUUAUGCUAUGAAUAAUUGUAGAAGUUGCAGAAAUUUGCAGAAUUCAAGAAUUAAAUUGUUCUAUUGCCUCGUC